AUGGCAAAAAGAAUAUCAGCAAUGUCUCAAUUUACAGAAUUUUAUAGUAAAGUGUGUGUCGCUGGAAGCGUAAAAUUUGUCAUCGACGAAGCAAGUAAAAGAGAAAUUAGCUUGUCAGAGAGUGACCAAUUUUCUCGUAACCUGGUAACGAUAUUAGCAAGAAAUAGUGAAGUGGUAGCGAUCAACUUGAAAAUUUACCCAAAAAAUGUUCCCAUGACAUUUGUACAAGCAGCUGAAAGAAAGAAUGUGUCUGCUUUAUUUUUUAAUGUAUUAGAGUACUGUUCUGUUAAGUUGAAAACGAAGAGACUAAACAAGGUAUAUGGUGGCACAGGUAGACAAUUGGAUCGUGAAACAAUUAAUCACAUAUAUUUACACGCAGAGUUGAACAUAUUGACCAACACCGAUGUAUUAAGCAAGGAACAUAAUGAAUUUAUAGCAGUAUCCAAGAAAUGUUGUUACUUAUGUGAAUCAUACAUCGAAUUUUUACGAUCCAAAGGAUAUAAAAUUACCGUUUCUGAGGCACAUAAGAAGUUGUAUCCCGGAUGGAAACUUCCAGAUACUUACAAUAAAGAAUUUGUGGAAAAUAAUCUCUGUGACCUUGAUCAGAUCAUAGAGAGUGCAAUAGAACAACAUACUAAAUUAAUUGCUAAGUCUGAUAUUGAUGGAGAAAGUGCUGAUUCUGAUAAUCAAAAACGAAAUUAUGUUGAUGACUAA